GAGGAAUGAGUUAGGUCCCGGUUGUGGGAUUUUUUUUUUUUUUUAAGUCAGACACAGACACAGCUGUUGAGCAAAAUGCAGACUCCACAGAAAACCCAAAGCCUCAGACCCUUCAAGCAGAGGAAGAGUUUAGCAACCAGACAAGAGGAAGUUGCUGGAAUCCGGGCAAAGUUCCCAAACAAGAUCCCGGUGAUAGUGGAGCGCUACUCCAGGGAGAAGUUCCUGCCUCCUCUGGACAAGACCAAGUUCCUGGUCCCGCAGGAGCUGACCAUGACCCAGUUCCUCAGCAUCAUCCGGAGCCGCCUGGUCCUCGGGGCCACUGAAGCCUUUUACUUGCUGGUGAACAACAGGAGCCUGGUCAGCAUGAGUGUGACCAUGGCAGAAGUCUACAGAGACUACAAGGAUGACGACGGCUUUGUGUAUGUGACCUACGCCUCCCAGGAGAUGUUUGGCUGCUCGGGGUCAGCGCGGACCCUGCCAUACUCUCUAGUGCGUGUCAAGAGCCAGUCCUCUAACCUGCGGAGGGACGGACCGCCUCCUGUGUGUGUGGCGGGCGGUCCAGGGAGCAGGGCUGCGCCUCAGUGA